UUUGUAGCUUCAUGUGCAGCUGACGCCUCUGAAAAACCCUCUUGGAGCACUUUUGAAUACUCCAGUCCUGUUUGUAUAUAAAUAUUUAGUUUGAUAAAACAAAACAUUCUCAAGAAACGUUUCGUAGAAUUGAACGAGACAGCAGGAAACAAUCGCUGUGGUUUUAUAAAUGUGGGAAUGAAUUAUUUAUAAAUUAGAAAUUAAUUUAAAUUGAAUUAAUUUAAAUUAAAAGUUUAUGGAAAUUGCUGAAUGCAUUUAAUACAAAAACACUACUUAUCAAUAAAUCAAAUAAAUAAAUCAAUAAGAAAAAAGAAAAGAAAUACAAAAAUACAGAGAGAUCAGGAAAAGUGAUAUUCAUAGAAAACAUUUAUCACAUGGCAACAUCAAUUAAAUGCUACUUUAGAGUGAUCGUUGUAUUUGGGUUGAUUAUACGUAAAAGCGAUGGAUAUACUAUGAAAAGGGGAAGCUAUGUGGUGGAAACUAGUGGAUCUGCAAAGAAAAUGAACCACGGCAAUCAUGUAAUACCAAUCAAACACUUCGCCAGAAAUAUUUUAUGUAAUAAUUCAGAAGGAAAGAAACGUCUCUACAGAGCAGUCAAAACAAAAGUGUGUGGUACAAGUUUAACACUGGUACAAAGUAUUGUUUUAGACGUUUGCAGGCGUAAAAAUUAUAUGCUGGACAAAUGGGUGAAGGAAUUAUUCGAUAUUGACGGAAAUGACGUCAUUUCCCAUCACGAGAGGAAUCUUUUCACAUGAAGAAGGUUGUCACGACCUAGCACGGUUUGAAUCAUACAGUUGAAGAUCUUCCAUACCAAAACUUAAAGAGCGCAUUUGCAGAGGCAAUCUGAAUCUGUAAACUGCAUACAAUGGUUCUAAUUAUGCCGAUUUUCAAGAAAUCUAGGUCUUUCCUGGCCAUUCAGAACAUGUUAUGUGCAGUAAUGUUCAGAAUUGGUUGUCUUGGAGUUUAUUGUAGAGUAUUGAUAUUAUUACAGCACCGGAACAGGAUGUGUCAUACUACUUACAGAAAGGAUAAUCCGACAAAAAUGUGGCUUUUUCUUUAACUUUUGCAAUGAAGAAAUAUAAUAUUAUCAAUAUAUCCUGUUUGAAGAAAACAACAAACAUAUGAGGAAAGCACAUUAAGAUUCUGCUUAAGAUCUUAGAGGCGAGUAAUCUAAUUUGCAUUCAACAAUGUCGUAAAAUAACAGACUUAAUAACCGGGCAUGCAACGUUUACAGUUUUGCAAUGUCUGUCGACUUUUAUUAUAUUCUUUGAUAUUAUCAAGU